AUGGCGCGCUCAAGGACGGUUCGCGCUCCGACAACCGCCAGCCUUCCAAACAACUUGCGCAUUCCCUCAACGACGCCCUCCCUCUCAAAGACCCUAGGCAAGCUCUCCAGGCCAGCCUUGCUGGACCUCGCUAUAUCAUGGCUCGGAGAUCGCAACGUGGAAUCCUUCCCCCCAUACCUCCAACCCUCAGACACAAACAACCAUGAUAACGAAGAAACCCUCCCAUACCCCGCCGCCGAAACCCUCGCAGAGGUCCGAGAAGCAUACAUUGACCUCCGCGACCGAAGGGGCGGAAAGCAAGAGAUAAUCGAACGAAUCCUCGAAGGUGACUGGCGACACGGCAUCACCCUCCGACAACUCGCCAUGGCCGACCUGCGCUACAUGGACGACCGCCCAGCAAGUCUCCGCUGGACAGCAAUGGAACUAGUACGACUAAACGACGACGGAACAUCAAAGUCAAAACGCACCCGUGAUACAAUAUCGAUCGCAUCCGAGGACUGGUCCGCAAACAUCCCCCGUAUCCAAGCAGCAAGCUUUGUCAAAUCCCUCCACGCCGAAAUCGCCCCUCUCAUAAAAGCGCACUACCACCUCUCACGCUCCUCGACACUCCCCCUCACAUUCCUCCGAAUCUUCAUAAUUGACUCUCCCUACCAAACCCCCCGCCAACAACCCGAAAUCUUCACAGACGCAACUCGUAUCAUCUACAUCGCUUUCCCAGACAGCUGUCCCUACUUCUACACAUCAUCAAUAACCUCCUCCAACGCUUCCGACAGCAGCUCAGGAUCAGGAUCACUGGCAACAGACCCCCGCACACUCCAACGUCUAGUCCGCGAGGCAAUCCCAAAAGCUCUCUCCCGUCCGCACCAAAGAUUCACCCUAAAACCUACAGCCCUCGCCGCAAAGAAUCUCCAAACUCUCCUGACACUCCGCGGACCCGGCCGCUCCACCUCGUCGAAUGGGGUAUUUAGUAUUUUCGCCGACGCAGCGCUAGAAGGAAGCCCGUUGGACCCGCGACCGUCGAAUACAGUCCUAGCCGAAGAGCAUAUGCGCGGACGUGAGUCUGUGUCUUCCAUGCAUGAUGAUAAAGAGAACCAUACGCACGGUCACAAUGAUGCGUCGAAGUCAGCACGUCCGGCCAACAAAAAACGCCCGUCUGGUUCCGGCACUGCGGCAAUGACGGACGGGGCUCUUUCGCCGGAUUCCAAGAAGAGGCGGUUAGCUGUGGAAUCUCGGUUCGGGACUGUGGGGUGCUCAGUUACGCCUGCGCCGUUGGAUAGGCUUGAUAUUCGACUUCUGGAUACACCGGUUGCGGAGGGAAAUGCAGAUGCAGAUGCCGAUCGGAACGCUGCGAAUCUGGCCCCGGCCGUAUCGCUCACUUUCACAGGGUCGGAUGUUAUUGGUGGGAUCCGAAAGUUGGCGGAACUAGGCGUGGUUGAUCCUGAGCGUAUGCCUUCAUGGAUGACUGGUGAAGAUGCUGUUAGUACGGCUUUUGUUCGUGGGGGAAAGCGUCUCCAUGUCGAGCGGGGAUAG